AUCACGUGGUGUAAAAAACUUGUACUCGUGUUACAACAUUGGCAUCACGUGGUCGAUUUGAAAUGUCAGUUCUGGAUAACAUACUAGACGCUACGAAGGCAAUUAAAAAAUCACAACUAYCUCGGUCUACUGGGAAAAGUAGUACAAUAAACGCACGGCAAAAUAAGGCCGAACUCACGGCAAAACAAACUAAGUCCACGGCAAAAUAAAGAGAAAAAGCCACGGCUCAAGUGACUUUCCCACGGCGGAAGUGAAAACACCAGGACUCAAGUUGUUAAAGAAACGCCGACUUCCUGCAGGACCGACCAAGCACUGAUCACUAGAAAUCGUACUGUCGCUGUUGUCUGAAAUAUCGAAGCAAUGUUUGUAGAAGUUGGGGUCUUAGUAUUCGCUGCAAUCGUUCUGUGGGAAAUCUACCUCAUCCUGACUGAACCAAGAAAUCUUCCGCCGGGGUUUCGCGUUCCAAGUUUGAUAAGCUUGGUAACGUUUCCCACCAAUGUGUCACCGCACAAGAGGUUAUUAAAUGCUGGGCUAUCCUCAGGAAAGUAUGGAGACGUUUCAUGCUUGAGGAUUGGGCGACAAUUGAUGGUGGUAGUCAGUAGUUUUGAAACAGCCAGAGAGGCUUUGGUUCAGAAAGGAUUUCAGUUUGCUGGCCGACCUUCAUUAGAAGUUGCAAAACAGAUAACAAGAGACGGCAAAGAUGUGGUUCUUGGGGACUUUGGACCCGGCUGGAGGAUGCACCGUAAGAUCGUCUUGUCAGCUUUGAAGACCUAUGGGGUUGGGCUGUCAAUCCUCGAGAAUAAGAUUUCUGUUGAAGCCGAAGCUAUAGUCGAGACAUUUCAAACCAAUCUUGGAAAUCCAUUCAACCCUAGACCUAACAUCGUUAACGCGGUCCUAAACAUCAUAUGUGCAAUAUUGUUUGGAGAGCGCUACAGUCUUAACGAUCCCGAGUUCUACGAGAUAGAACGUUUCCACUCUUCACUCACCAGAAUCUUUGCUAAAGGUCAGAUUUUGGACAUUUUCCCGUUGCUUAAAUAUCUUCCCGUGCAAAUAAUGCGCGACAUUAAAGAAGCGGUGGAAUUCCGGGACAGAUUUUUUGAGCGCAAGUUGGCUGAACACAGAGAUAAAUUUCAGGACGCUGAAACGGUGCCAGAUCUAACGUACGAGCUUCUAAAAGCAGCGCAAGAGGCAAACACUGACCAGGAAUGCACGACUAAAGAGUACCUGACCGAUGAUCACCUAGUUGGAACUAUGAUGGAUGUGUUUUUAGCUGGAGCGGAAACCACUGCGACUACAAUUCUUUGGGUUCUAGCAUACAUGGUAUCUUACCCAGAGGUCCAAGCAUGCGUCCAGAAAGAAUUUGAUGACGUCAUAGGAAGGGAACGCCUGCCCAGUUUGAGUGACCGCGGGAGUCUUCCAUACUUUGAGGCGACCAUCAAGGAGACCAUCCGCCAUGCUACGCCCUUUGUAGUAGGAGCACCGCAUAAGACUACUACUGAUACGACGCUUAAAGGUUACAAUAUACCCAAGGAUACAAUGGUUAUAUUCAAUCUGUGGCAGAUUCAUCAUGACCCUCGUCACUGGAAAAACCCUAACGAUUUUGAGCCAACUAGAUUUCUGGAUGAGCAAGGAAAGCUACUCAAUGUAUCAACGCUGAGUUACAUGCCGUUCAGUUUGGGUCCACGCGCGUGUCUGGGCGAGUCCUUGGCUAAGACCGAGUUAUUUUUGUUCCUGUCUAGAUUGCUGUAUGAAUUCAAGUUUGAGAAUCCACCGGAUGUCCCGCCUCCAGACAUGGAGGGCACCUUUGGGGUAGUACAAUCGCCCAAGCCCUACAAGGUUGUGGUUAAGAAGCGAUUCUAAACAACGCAUGCAUUAUGCUGCAUCAGACCACAAUCUUGCAUAUUUCCCCUGCGUUUUUAGUGUUUUAGAUAAAAAAGACAAAAAAGAUACAUUAAUUGAUUUUUAAAAUGAUAUUUUUAUCGUCAAAAUUUAUUUUUAAAAAUUACAUAAAAUGGAAAAAGUUUUUUUUACUAUUUAGAUUGGAUAGGGAAGAAUUCCUGUGAGCUUUGGUAAUAGCGCAGCGCACUGAUUCUUAAAAUAGCUUAAAGAUUCGCAUAAACAUUGCAUUCCGUUUAACCGCUACGAGGAUUAUACGAACCGAUUUUAUUAUUUUUACUUAAAGUUACAACAAUAACCCAUGUAAACUAAGAUCAACUGCGAUGGGCUGUGAAAAUUAUCUAUUGAAAGUAAACUUGUAAGUUUGUUUGUCCGAAUUUUGCCUUUGCCUUCGUUUUUAUGAUGUCACGGAUGCGCUGCGUUAUUGGUCAAACAAGAGAUAACAGUUUUCAUCCAAAUAUAAAAUUCUCCUCAAGUUUACCUACACCAAAGCUACAUGGCAUUUUCUCUACAUAUUUUUAAUGAACAAAACUGGUAGAUUUUUUUUUUUUUUGUUAAAUUACUUUUUUUUUGUAAUGAAUCUGAAUCAAUGAACUUGAUGGUAUGAAAGUGGACUAAAAUGAUUUAUAUUUUACAAAAAUUAUUUAAAUUAAUAGUAAUAUUUUCAUGAAGAUUUCAAUAAGUACAAUUAAUACAUUCAAUAUAAGUAAGUUGUGAUUGAUUCAAGGUGAAUCAAAAAAUCAAUCUUAGAAAGCAAAUGAAGUACACAUCAAACAAGAACUUCUUAGGGAAAUGCUCAGGUUUCUUGCUAAACUGUUUUUUAAUUCAAAAAGUCCAACUGAAACUUGGAAAAAUAAUAUAAAACUCUCCUUAGGAGAAAAAUAAUAGGUUUUUUGUAUGCAUGAUAAAAUUUAUAUGUACCAAUUGUCAUUUUGAAAUCAAAUGAAAUUCAAUCUAACUCAGUAAGCACUGAAUUGUCAGCAUGAAAGUCAAAUCAAUCUUAUGCACAUGACUUUCAUACUCCAAGAUUAAGCAUGUUCAUGCCUUGAUUCUGACCCACUCUUCUGGUAUUUUGUCUAAUAUAUCCCUCACUAAAGAAAACUUCUUUUUCUGGCUAAUGAAAUAUGAUUGACAAAGAUUUCUGGAGUGAACAGGGUCAAAAGAUGAUCACUUAAUUCCCUUUUGUUAUGGUUGUCAAUCUAAGUUUUUAUACCUAAAUAGUUUUUAUCUACAAAAAUGAAUUUAAAAGACAAUAAAGAAUAGAAUUAACUACA